AUGGCACUCAUUUUCUCACUGAUUUUCUUUAUCUCCGCCGCCAUCUCCUCCGCUGCCGCAGACGGUGGCAAUGGCUUCUCGGUCGAAAUGAUCCACCGUGACUUCCCCAAGUCCCCACUUUUCAACGCAUCAGAAACACACUACCACCGCAUCGCCGACGCUCUCCGUCGCUCCAUCAGCCGUGGGACGGUGUCGCUGACAGACACGGGGAAAGCACCAAUAUAUAGCAGCGGAGGCGCGUACGCUGUGAAAAUAUCCCUCGGAACGCCGCCGUUUUCGAUUGUAGCCAUUGCUGACACUGGAAGCGACAUCAUUUGGACUCAGUGCAAACCUUGCCCGAAUUGCUACCAGCAAAUUGACCCGAUGUUUGAUCCGAGUAAAUCGUCGACUUACAAGACAGUCCCGUGUUCCUCGCCGACUUGCUCGUUUGCAGGGCGGGGAAGUUCUUGUUCCUCGGAAUCCGUGUGCGAGUACUCCAUUUCAUACGGCGAUGGAUCCCACAGCAACGGGGAUAUUGCCGCUGAUACCCUUACAAUGGACUCCUCCUCUGGCCGCCCCGUGGCAUUUCCACGGAUUGCCAUUGGAUGUGGCCAUGACAAUGCUGGCUCUUUUGAUUCUAAAGUUUCUGGGAUUGUCGGGCUCGGUCAUGGUUCAGCUUCCCUUAUCCAGCAGAUGGGGCCGGCCACCGGUGGGAAAUUCUCUUACUGUUUGGCACCGGUUGGAAACUCUCACGACUCGAGCUAUCUUAACUUUGGCUCUAUUGCUAUCGUCUCUGGCUCUGGAGCCGUCUCGACUCCGAUUUAUACUAGUGAAGGCGACUUUGAAACAUUUUACGUGCUGAAAAUAGAAGCAAUGAGUGUAGGAAGCAACAAAUUUGAUUUUACAAGCUCUUUACCAUUUGGAACAAACGGGAACAUCAUUAUCGACUCCGGCACGACACUUACAUUCUUACCAUCGGACACCUACACAAGCUUCUCCAAGGCGAUUUCCGAGGGAAUGGACCUGAAGCCCACGACUAGUCCAAUUCAAGACUUGGAGUAUUGCUAUAUGACCACCACUGACGACUAUAAGGUGCCACCUGUCACGGUGCACUUCGAAGGCGCCGACGUAUAUCUCAAGCAAGAAAACCUAUUUGUUAGGGUGGAUAACAACGUCGUUUGCUUGGCAUUUAGUAAUAGUAACAACAUCGGCCUACAGAUCUACGGCAACAUUGCACAGACUAACUUCUUGGUUGGCUAUGAUAUCAAGAAAUCGACCGUUUCUUUCAAGCCGGCAAAUUGCGCUGCCUCGUAAUUGUCAUGUCCUUGUUAUUAUAGCUUUCUCUAGUUUGAACGACUUAUGUUCUUAUGGCUUUCUCUAGAUUGAAUGACUUAUGUUCAUCACUCUCGGGGACCAAAAUAUUUCAAGCCAUGCAAUAAUGGUUUAUUUCUAUAAA